UGGCCGUCAGUUCUAUAUAUGUCACGAGAAAAUCGUAUAUACGACAACUCUCUCUGAUCCCCAGUGGAUUUACGACAGAAUCACAGUAUUUUGAAGCAUCAAAACAACUUCUACAAUGUCCUAGAAAGUGGCAAUAAAGACUGCCUAAUUGGAAAUCUUUCCAAAAGUUACAGUUUGAAUUUAUAGAAAUUAUAAUGAUUGCUAACGGGAAUUUAAAGAAGAAUCGUGUCAUCCCAGUUAAUCUCAGACAGAAUAUACCACCAGAACUUACAGAAGACGAACAGAGUUUAAUUGCUGGCACUUUUCCACUCAGGAGACGCGGUCAAAAUGGAGAACCACCACGACGAACUGCUCGUGUAUCUCGUACGUCCGUAACAUCGGCAAUCGAAUCUCUUGGUCGAGCAAAGAUUGGCUUUACUCGAUGGCGAAAUGCGGCUCUUGAAGAGACUAACAAUGAAAGAGAGAACUCGUUUGUCGGACUGCAAAGACCUAGAAGUCGCAUGAAGCUGGGAAUUCCUAAUAAAAUCAGCAUUCAUCGUAUGAAYGCAGCUCAGCUAAGUGAUCUAGAUGAUCUCGUUGAAGACUCCAUUGAUGGGGUUCCGGGUCGCGAAAUGAGGAAGAAAACAGACGAGGCAGUGAGCUCCCCGAGCCGAGCUUUACUCUACUACUUCGCUAAGCUAGCAUCAAAUUCAAACGAGCAAGAAAUAAUUGAUUUAGAGUUUGUGGGAACAUUAAUUCAAUCGGGCGCCGAUGUGAACAUCACCGACAGACACGGUCAGAGCGUGAUGCACGAAGCGGCUCGUCAGUGGGAAGUUCAAGUAGCGAAAUUUCUUAUAGAUAAAG